CAGGUGAUAAUGCUUCGACUUUUGUUUGUCCGAGUAUCUUCUAUUCCUCUCAAAAGUCUUUCCAGCCAGCUCCACAAGACUUGCGUAGCCGACAUGUCCAUGAAAGCAGUAGUAGUCCAUGAAUAUGGAGACUCUUCCAAGCUAUCGUAUGAAGACGUUCCGAUUCCAGAACCUGCAAAAGGCGAAGUCCUAGUAAAGAACCAUUUCUGUGGUGUUAACUUCAUUGACAUUAUUUGUCGCAAUGGUCACAUGGGAGAAAGGUUUCCUCUCAAUGCCACAUUAGGUUUUGAAGGUUCAGGUGUCGUGGAGAAGGUUGGCAGUGAUGUCGAAGGAAUCUCUAAAGGAGACAAUGUAGCAUACAUGGGAUUAGGAGUAGGUUCCUAUUCGGAGUUCAGUAAAGUGCCAUCCUGGCGUGUCAUCAAGUCUCCUCAGGGUGUGUCUCUAGAAAAGGCUGCAAGUACCUUAUGGCAAGGGUUGACGGCAUACUGUUUCACUGAUGCUGUAUUUCCUAUUAAGCCUGAUACUAAAGUUCUUAUUCAGGGUGUUGCUGGCGGUGUUGGUAAUCUGCUCUGUCAGCUUGCUAAACUCAAAGGAGCAUAUGUCAUUGGUACCUGUAGCACAGAAGUCAAAGCUGCAAAAGCCAGAGCUGCUGGAGCAGAUGAAGUCAUUCUGUACUCCCAGAAAGACUUUGUUGAAGAGACCAAGCGUCUCACAGAUGGUAAAGGAGUCAAUGUCAUCUAUGAUGGUGUGGGCAAGACAACUUUCUUGAAAGGAUUUGAUUGCUUGGCACCUCGUGGUACCAUGGUUCUCUUUGGAGGUGCUUCUGGAAACCCAGGCCCAAUAGAUCCCACAAUGCUUGGCAAAGGAUCCUACUUCCUGACUUUUGCCUCCCAUUUUGCAUAUACAAGUGACCCCACCCUUUACCGCAAAAUGGCCAACGAACUGUUCCAAUUGGUGGCUGAUGGAAAGAUCGAUUUUGGUUCAGUUGAAAAGAUCCCUCUUGCUGAUGCCAAGGAGUCUCACGAUAAGCUGCAGAAUAGAAAAGCUGCUGGGAAAAUCCUGUUGGUUCCUUAAAAACACUGUCAGCUCAUUGGCACCCACUAAUACAUAGAAUACUAGCACCAGGGCCCCUAUGGAUACCAGCAUAGUUGCAGAAUAGACCCCUUGCAGCACGUCGGAAUGCAGCUCAAUUUGGAGGACAUAUCAUCAAUUGGUUUCCAAUUGUCAUGAGAUUGAAAUUCUUUUGUUUUGUCCUCCAAAUUGAGCUACUUUGACAUCACAUGCAAGGGGUCUAUUGGAUCAUCCUACCUAAAUAAAGUUAGUAGAGUGCAUAUUCGUGAAAAAGUUAACUAGGAAAAUUGUACGAUUAUUACAAAGUUCUGUAAGUCUAUGAUCCACUGAAAAAAGCUAAACGAUUCUUUAAAAGCAUUCUUAUAGCAUUCAGACACACAAUUUUUUGUUCUGGAAUUUCUAAGAUUGUAAUAAGAGCAAUUAAAUCUUGGAACAUAUUCAUAUAGUGGAUUAUCCAGUGGAUAAGUCGAUGCUGUUAUCCAAUAAAUUUAUCCACUAGAUAGGAUUAUCUGUUGGAUAGUGCUAUCCAGCCUUUGUACAACUGGGCCCAGAAGGCUAAGAGUAAAUAUAAAUAGUAUAGAGUGCAUACCAUAUUGAUAUAUAAUGUGAACAACUUUCUAAGAGAUUGAACAAAUUUGCAAAAAUUAAUAUAAAGUUCAGUAGACCUCAGUGGAUCGUAGACUUACAGAACUUUGCACUAAUAAUUGUACAAUUUUGUUAGAGUGACCACAGUAAAUCCGUGAAACUUUAGUAAUACUAAACAGCACAAUUUCAUGCAAAUUUCUUUUUUUUCUAUUGUUUAAUUAGCACUAUUUUGUACUAUUUAGUAAUUAGUGUUUCACGGAUUAAUUGUUUGCACUCUAGUUAACUUUUUCACGAAUAUGUAGAUAGUUUUAAAUAUGUAGAUAUGUAGAAUUCCUAGUAAUAUUUUAAAUUUUAGUUUAGAUUAUAUUGUAAAUGUAGAUAUGUACUUUAUUUACUCAAUAAAGACAUUAUUAUUAUUAUCAUUAUUAUUAUUUAGGAUUUAUCUGCCGUAUAGCGCUAUCCAGGCUUCGUACAACCAGGCCCUGACAACAGCAACUCUUGCCUAAGUGACCAAGGGGUUUCUGUGGAGAUUUUGUGAAGUGUGAAUGAAGUUACAUACUGUGGAUAUUUUUUCGCACAUUUAUAUCUCAACCUCAUAAUAAAAAAAGUUUGGAUGAAAAA